UCUUCUUCUUGUCUACAUCAGUGGCACUUCAACCUGAUGACAAAAGCUGUUUGACACUGCGUUCAGUCGGACUCGAUAAUCUGUGAUUUUUAAAUGUGUAUGGUUAUAUUUGCUCCGAUUUUUGCCAUCUGUGCUUUUGCAACAUGUGGAGGAUACUAUGGACACCUCCAGGUUAAAGUUGACUGUGCAGACAGGAGGCAGAGUAACCUCAGCAUCAACAUUGAUUUUGGCUAUCCUUUCAGAUUACAAGAAGUGCAUUUCAAGGCUCCCUUAUGUGAGACAAAGAGGGAAGAGAUUAUUUUCCUGGAUGGCGACUUUUCCUCAGCUGCCCAGUUUUUCCUGACAGUGGGUGUUUUUGCUUUCCUGUACUCUCUGCUGGCAACCAUUGUCUAUGUCUUCUACCAGAACAAGUACCUGAAGAACAACAGAGGCCCACUUGUGGAUUUUGUUGUUACAGUCAUCUUCUCCUUCAUGUGGCUGGUCAGCAGCUGUUGUUGGGCCAAAAGUCUUUCUGAUAUCAAGAUGGCCACAAACCCAACACAGGUGCUUCUGCUCAUCUCAGCCUGCAGAGCUCAGGAGAACAAAUGUACAGCUACCCAGGCGCCUCUCUGGUCACGUCUUAAUACAUCUGCGGUUUUUGGUUUUGUAAAUGUUGUCCUCUGGGUUGGAAAUAUCUGGUUUGUCUUCAAAGAGACAGGCUGGUACAAGACAGGUCAGAGAUAUCCAACCAGGAGUGCUUCUGGGAAACGUGCCAGUGAAAUGCGACAGCAGCUCUACAAUGAGAGCAGCUUCGACCAGCCAGAGGAGAGUUUUGGUCCGCAACCCUCCCGACAAGACAGUUUCAAUCAGUCAAAGGGGAAUUUUGGUCAGCAGGUCCACAGACAAGAUAGCUUCAAGCAGUCACACAUAAGCUUGACCUUACCACAUGCAUAUCUCGGCAAACCGGUAGUUUAUGAGAAUGUGGUGGAUUCUCAAGGGCCGAAGGUAUUUGUCAAUGAGAUGUGAUUCUGCCCUUGGUAUAAUGCUGUACAUGGUGAACUAGAUGGGAACAUGUGUUAUUGGCAUAAACAUUUUCAUUUUAUGAAUACAUAAUUAAUAACUUGAGUAAGAUAAAACAAAAACACUGAUGGUAUGUUUAUAAUGUAAUAUAAUUAGUUUUUAUUCUUUUUUCUCUGGAUAAAUUGAUGUACUGGGAGUUGAUGUACCUAUAUGGUUGGUUUUACUGCACCACAGCUUUGUCAUCAGACAUUAUGUCCCAGCCAUUAAUAAGGACAUGAAUCAUCACAAGGACAAAGGGACAAAAAUCACUACAAACCAAUAUUUAAAUAAUUAAUAAUUAUACUGGAUCAAUGAAAAAUGUAAUAUUCACGUACCAUAAAACAACCAGAAACGACGGGUACACAGGGGUUGCAACAUAAAAACAAAUUACAUAAAGCUGGAGAGCACUCAUCUACUUGCAGUGUACCUUUAACAGAAGCAGCCUAAAAUAGAAUAAUGUAAUACAACGGCUAACUUUAGCUCAUGUAGCUUAUAACUAUGUUACAUUUUCCCAAUAUAGAUUUAGAGAUUACAUUUACUAUACAUAUGGUGUAAUACAAAGUAUUUAGAUGGAAGAUAUUGUUGAUUUUGAUGAGAACUUGGGAUGUUAUGGGAUUUCCCUGUGUCUCUGUGUGACUUUCUUAUUUAUUGUUUUUUUAUGUAUAAAUGUAUUAUUUAUUACUCUUUUUAAUUCCAAAUACCCACAAAGCUGUUAAAAUAAAAUUUCAAAGACUGAAUGACCAGUGAUUGAGUUGCUUUAGCAUGGUGUUAGGACUUGGACUUACAUGCCGUUGAUAUUGAACUGAUUUCACUUGAUUUAUUAUUAUUAUUUAUUGUUUUUAUUUUUACCUGUAAAUGUAAAACUUUUAUUCCUUUUUUUGUCAAAAUAUUUUUUUGAAGAAGCGUUAUACACUACAGUACACAUUAUACUAUACAGUAUGUUUGAUAGAAAACAUGUGUAGUAUUAGUUCAGAUAUAUAUGUAACCAAUGUGCUAGAGUUCUCUAUAAAUAUUUAAUGGUUGCUUGUAUCAUUUGUUCCUUUUGGCAUUACUGAUGGAUUUCCUGAUAAUAUAAUCAAUGUGGCACUCCAGUGUCUUUGUUUGUCCUUUAUUUUUUUAAAUGACUAUUGAUUUCAAAUGGAUAAAGAAUGUUGUUUCAGUGGCACUUAAAAUAUGUUAUUAUUGUUUUAAUUAUGUUGUGUGCUUUUGUGUGUAAAUACAUGUAUAUUUACAUUUUAUUAUACCUGUGUCAAGCUGAAGAAUUCUCUUCUAAAAGAAUAAGUUGCAUAGAUGCAUAAUUUGGAUGUGGAAUAUGUUGAAGUGCUCAUGUUGAAUAUAAGCCAUCUUACUCAUAUACUUUUAUUGUCACAGUCCUCUGCACUAUACUGAUCAUUAAAAUUUUAAGAAAGGAA